AUGACACCUCUUUCUCGCUCUUCACGCACUCCUGCUGAUCGCAUAGGAUCCGUUAAGUCCGAAACUGUAGACGGCCAGAUAUCUGACGAAGAAGAAUCUUCCUUUCAAGCCUUGGAAACGGGCUCUCCAGCUGGGGACACUCCAGCCUCUGCUCCUCAAGGUAGCCAUGUCGAAAGUUCUAGCGAAACACCGUCUGUUCCUCUCCAGAAGCGCCGGAGGGUGACGCGCGCAUGCGAUGAAUGCCGUAGGAAGAAGAUAAAGUGCGAUGGCAAGCAGCCAUGCACCCAUUGUCAGGUGUAUAGCUACGGUAACUUUUACUCGCAUUCUUUAGCUAUUUCUUUGCCGGCUGAUGUUUUAUUGAUAGACUGUACGUACGAUAAGCCUUCCAACAGGCGCAGGAAUCCGGCUCCGCAGUAUAUAGAGGCUCUAGAAAAUAAGCUAUCGAGAGCAGAGAACUUGCUGCGCAGAUUUAUGCCAGAUGUCGACCUCAACGAUCCAAGCCUGGAUCCUGCAGUUCAGCAGGAGUUUCGCAUCCGGGAGCAAGCUAGAACACGGUCCUCGGCAACUAAGGGAAAACAGCCAGGUUCCUCGUCUUCUGUAGACGCCCAGUUACAUUCUAUGAUCGAAACCGCUGGCCAACUCGACCUCGACGACAGGGGCAACUAUGAUUUCCACGGGACCUCGUCCGGUUCAGUCUUCUUCAAGAGGAUGAAGGAGCAUUUUCGUGGUCUUCUAGGAAGAGAUUAUCAGGUGCCGUUUCUUCCUCGGCCGCCUCGACCUGUUGGUGUCCUCACUCUAGACCCCCCAAGACCCCCGUCAAGUUCACGAGCGCCGCCAAGUCGUAUUAUACCCCCUUACGAUUUACCCCCAAAGGAGAGGGCCCUUGCGCUAUGUUCCGAGUCACUUAAUAACGCGACAUGUCUUCUGCGCAUCGUCCAUGUCCCUUCCUUUUACAAGAUGCUGGAUGACCUAUACGAAAAACCAGUAGGCGCAGCUGGGACAGAGAACAAAAGGAGUCUAGCGCUAGCAUACUCUGUAAUGGCCCUGGGCUGCAUGUAUAACAUACCUGAAAAUGACAAUUCGGAAACGCCGCCGUAUAAGAUCGCGAUGGACGAAGCAAUUAAAUAUUAUAGCAGUGCAAGAGGCAUUCUGCAAGAUAUAACGGAGUGCCGAGACCUCCCCUCGCUUCAAGCUCUACUUUUUAUGAUACUGUUCAUCCAGUCGAUAUCGAAUUUAAGUACUUGCUAUGGGUUUGUGGGGAUUGCCUUACGAUCUGCGUUGAGGAUGGGUUUACAUCGACACCUACCUCAUAUCAAACUAAAUCCGAUAGAGGCCGAAACGAGACGAAGGGUUUUCUAUAUAUGUAGGCAGAUGGAUACGUAUGUGUCUGCAUUACUGGGGUUUCCCCUACUUUUAAAUGAUGAGGACAUUGACCAGCCUUUGCCAACCCCUGUGGACGACGAAUACAUCACGAAGGACAAGAUACUCAUCCCGCCUCCAGGGACCCCGUCUUUCCUCGAGGCCUUUAAUGCGCACGUACGACUGAUGGAUAUUCUGGGUAAGGUUGUUAAAAACGUUUACCCGUUGAAAGGUAUGGAACAGAGUGAGGCUGAAGGUGUUGGGGAGCCAUACGCGUCAUAUACGAUCAGCUAUGGGAAAAUAAAAGAAAUCGAAAAAGAGCUUCAAAAAUGGAACGAGGACUUGCCGGAUGCUUGGCGGCCGAACCCUAUUGGUGCUGUUGAAGUUGUUCGGGUGCGUAACUUACUGAGGUUUACUUACGCUCAUAUCCAGAUGGUACUAUAUAGACCAUUCCUCCAUUACGUUUCUCCACGUAUCACGGCUGGCAAGGAUGUAAAUGAACGUGCCUACGCUUGCGGAGCCGCUGGUGUUAGUGUCGCGCGAAACAUCGUACACAUCGGGUUAGAGAUGCGAAAACAGGUUUCUCUUGUAGGACCGUAUUGGUUCACUCUUUUCACCGAAUUCUUCGCUAUUAUAACGCUGGUCUUCUUCGUUUUAGAGAAUCAAGACAAACCCGGGUCUAUGGAGAUUUUUGCAGAUGCUAUAGCCGGGAAAGAGAUUAUUGAAGAGCUUUCAAGAAAGAGCUUGGUUGCGGACCGCAUAUCCCAAUCUCUAGCUAUACUCUUUGAUCAAUUACCAAAGAGCCUUAAGCAGGCAAGCACUACGACAUCUCUAAAACGUCCCGCAUCAGGAGUACAUGAUGAUAUGACGAUGCCACUUCCAGUACACUCAAACGAUUCAAUACAGCGUCUCCCCGAGAGACCCAAUCAGCCUCGGGGGAAAUCGUCGAAAAAGGCUGGAAAGACUCCAGUCGGGCUCGUCCCGCAAGUCAUCCCCGUUGAUAGUUCUUCCCUACCACAGCCAGAAUAUGGCGGCUCAUUUACCUCCAGUUUUCAAUUCUCGCCGUUAGAUUUACCGAUACCAUCCCCCGAUUCCGCAACGGCCGCGGCCCUACACGAGCCUAGCCCUCUAGAUUUGCAACAUCAAGCAUUCAGUGCGGGCAAUCCGGUCCAUCAAUUAGAUGCAGUGAUGUUUCCCUCGGACGACCCCUUAGAAUAUCCCAACCAGCCCCAACUUGAUUUCGGCACUCAUCAGUCAGGCGUACCGGGCGGUAGUCAAGGAGACCUGUCACACCACGGUCCUGCUCCGUACUAUAUACCUAAUUUCUAUGAUAGUAUCGAAGGACAACUUAUGGGACCGCUACCGCCAUACUUAAUGCAGUCGCAAGCUCAACCAGGCUUCAACUUCCCAGCGCAGAUGUAUUCGGAUCCGAUGCUGUUACAGAUGCACACAUUAGAACACCCCAAACAACAUGCGAGGAAGGUUGCUAAGGAGCUUGGAGCCGAUAAUGGAAUUAUCUAUUUGCCGGGCCAGCUAGAAUCAACGUGGGAAGAUUCAGAUCAAGGGCCCCCGUUCCGGCAACGCCGAUAUUUCUAUUAUCUGACCGGUGCCGACUUUCCGGGCUGUAGCGUGACGUACGAUAUCGCUGCGGACAAGCUCACGUUAUGGAUCCCGUUUACACCUCCGGCAACGAUACUCUGGUUCGGGAAGACGCCUACGCUGGAAGAAUGUAUCACGAAGUCGGACGUUCAUGAUGUCAAGUACAUCGGCGAGCUUCCGGCUUAUCUGAACGCACGGCUGACUACGAUCAAGUCUCUUUACGCCCUUCGCUCAGCUCAGCUGCCUAAAUUUGACGGCUUCGAACAGCUGCGGCCCUCACUCAAGAUCGACGUCACGUCGCUUCAGCCGGCGAUGGAUGAAGCGCGGGUUAUCAAAUCUGACUAUGAAAUAGCUAUGAUUCGUAAGGCUAACGAAAUCUCGUCGGCGGCACAUAAAAAGGUCGCUCUACAGCUGAGUAGCAUGAAAAAUGAAUGUGAAGUCGAAGCCGCAUUCGCUGCGGCGUGUAGAGCGGCUAACGCGAAAGCGCAAGCUUACCCUAUAAUCGCCGGGUCCGGUCCUAACGCUUCAACUCUGCACUACGAGGCCAACAGCGAUCCACUUGCGGGGCGACAGCUUGUGGUGCUUGAUGCCGGUACUGAGUGGUCUUGCUACGCUAGCGAUAUAACACGUACCCUUCCCCUAGGUCCACGUUACCGGUUCAACUUGGAGGCUCGGGCUAUCUACGAACUUGUCCAUCGGAUGCAGGAAGAAUGCAUUCGACGCAUCAAGCCAGGCGUCAUCUUCCGCGACUUGCAACUACAUGCGACUUUUAUUGCCGUUCAAGGCCUACUAGAACUUGGAAUCUUGCAUAAUGGGACUGCUGAAGAGAUCUUUAAGAACGGUACCGGUGCCGCUUUCUUCCCGCACGGCCUCGGCCACCACGUCGGUCUUGACGUUCACGACGUUCUUAGCAGAGACCUCCUGCGUCCCGCCGGUGAAGGUAUGUGGGGAAAGCGUCGACCCAUCGGUCCCCAGUCCGUACGUGCCAUGAUCAAGCAAGCUGCCAGCAACGCCCCUCCUACGCCUUCGUCGCCAACCAGCACCACCACCGCCAGCACAUCACAGGAUCCACAAUCGCCAUCCACACUCACUGAAUCCUCGCCAACACAAUCUACAAAUCCACCUCUCCCGCCACGAUCAUCGCCCUCCCCACCUCCGGUAGUAGUCACAACAGCCGAACCAACUUCACCCUCGUCACCGCCCGCCAGCAGAAAAAACAGCAGCAACAGCGACAGCAACGCCACCAUCAACGGCGACGUCAACCCCCCCCUUCCGCCACUCCCACCCCAGCCCCGACGUCUGCCAUCUCCCCCUCAACGCCAGCAAUCCAUCUCGCAGCCCCAGACCCAACCCAAGAGCAAGAAAUCAAAGCGUCCGACGCGCAGCUCGCUGCAGCCCAACAUGGUCGUCACGGUCGAGCCGGGCAUCUACUUCUGCCGGCCGUACAUCGAGGCGUACUUCCUGCGCCGCCCCGAGCACGCGCGCUACAUCGACGCCGCGGCGCUCGAGCGCUACUGGGCCGUCGGCGGCGUGCGCGUCGAGGACUGUGUGCUUGUUACGGAUGGCGGGUACGAGGACCUGACGACGGCGCCUAAGGGGGCAGAGUUGUUGCGCAUGAUGGGGUAUGCAUGA